AUGCAACAAAAAGAAAUUGAACAAACAACAACACUCUUCAAAAUGAGUUGUUCGAACAUUACUUUUAUACCAAUUGGUGAUGAUGUCAUUGUGAACAAAACGGAAGUUUCUUUUGGCGAGGAAAUUGAUGUCAACUCACAACAAAGAGAACUUCUGUGUGUUGGCAACACUUCAAAGCACAACAUGAAAAUUCAAAUCACGACAAAAAGUGCAACAAUUGAGAAAUAUGAAUUCGACUCAAAUCCAAAAAUAAUAGUAUUACCAAGUGGUGAAGCGUGUGAAUUUGAAAUUCUGUUGACAUUAAAAUGCACAACCAAAUUCAAUGAAAAUAUCAUAUUGGUCUCAAAUUCAUUUACAAAAAGAAAAGACGCUUUAAAAGAAAUUAAAAUAGCAGCAACUUCAAAAUUGACAACGCGACUUGAUCCAAACGAGUUACAAGAAGACACUAUACUUGGUGAAGGCUCGUUCGGUGUUGUGUUUAAAGGAACUUUCAGAGACAAUAUCGUUGCAAUUAAGAAGAUGAAAAUUAGUGGAAAUGAAGACACAUUAAACAAUGCGUUUGAGAAGGAAGUUGAGAUGUUAGACAAAUUUAGAAGUGAAUAUAUUGUCCACUUUUAUGGAGCAGUUUUUAUACCCAAUAAGGUGUGUUUGGUCACCGAAUUUGCACAAUUUGGGAGUUUACAAGACUUGAUGAAACAUAAAACAAGUGAUGAAAUUAACAUAAAACAUCGUGUUAAAAUGAUGUUGGAUGGCGCAAAUGGUAUUUCAUAUUUACAUGAAAACGGGAUUUUACACAGAGAUAUUAAAUUAGACAAUUUACUUGUGUUUUCUAAAAAUCCAAAUGAUAAAGUCAACGCAAAACUGACCGAUUUUGAAAGUGCAAGAAAUGUUAAUAUGAUGAUGACCAACAUGACAUUCACUAAUGGUAUUGGGAUUCCAAUAUAUAUAUGGCACCCGAAGUGUUAA